AUGAAACAACAACUUUUCACUAUUCUCCUUCUUCUCAUCUCCCUCCUCUCCUUCACAUUAGCACACGACGGUCACAAAUCAUUGGUUUUCGAUUGGGUCAUGAUGUCAAACGAAUCUGUCACAACUGUCAGUGCUCUUGAUUUACUCAACAAUGAAGAAGCCAUUGAAAUUAGAGUUCCAAGAGUACCAAUCGGUGGUGAUAACUCCAAGAGAGCAUUCCUUAAAUUUUCACAAAUUGCCACUCAACCAUACUUUUUGACUUUUGACACUUCCUCGCUCAAUACCAGUUGUCUAAUUGUCAAGAGUAGAAUUGGCGCCAAACCAAGAACUGAUCGACCAAGCACUUCCUACAAAUAUCCAACUGAACUCACUCAAUUUGACAUUUUGGAUGGUGGUUGCGAUUUCUAUAUCGAGUUUCGUCCAGAUUUUUAUAAUCCUUCAACUGAAAAUGCUUCAUGUAUUGCUAAAUUUGAGAUUAUUCAAUCAUUGUGUGAAAAUAGUGCAUGUAAAAGUCAAAAUGGAACAUGUGCUGAUGAAUUGGCAUAUGAAGCUAGAAUGAAUGACAUGUCAGUAAUCAAGACAUCAUGGGUUUUGAUUUGUUUGUUAUUUGCACUGGUUGCAAUUAUUUUUAAUUAAAAAGUGGAAUUUUUUUG